AUGGAAGUCCCGGACCUCGAUAGUAGUACCGAAUACGACAGCAGCACCAUCUCCCGAACCACGUCGCAGUCUUCCCGAGCCACCGCGCAGUCGCCGAGCCUCCAGGCUCGGCGGUCGGGACCAGCACCGUCCAGAGGCUUGGGAGGAGCGAUGGGACAGCUGGCAGGAACGCCGCCAGUAAAGGACCUGCUAGACGUGUUCAUUGACGAGGUGGAGAGUUCGCACAAGCGAAAGUCCAAGGGCAAGACGCACAGACUCAAGGGGUCAGCGGGAAAAUCUGGGACAGCGGGGGAGGUUGGGGCAGGGGGGAAGGCUGGGGCAGCGGAAGAGGCUGCGGCAAACGGGGGGACUGGGCCAGAAGGAACGUUAGGGGCCGCAGGAGUUGGGGCAGCAGAUAUUGGGGCGUUGAGAGGAGGGGAGGAGAUGGUAGGAGAAACAGCGGGGACGUCCCAGCGUGAGGAGGAAGAGGGGGGAGCAACAGACGGGCGGAUGGUAGGAGAGGUGGAGGAUGGUUUGGGACGGAGAGAGAAGGGCGGAGAUAUGACGUGCUUAGUAGAUGAGUGCUCGAUCUCAGCACCAUCUAUAGCAACAGCAACAGCAACAGCAACAGCAACAGCAGCAACAGCAGUGCAACACUCAUCGCCUCCACCUGCAGAGACAGAAAUGCCGAAUAGGCCAGCUUGCGAGAUGGAAAGACUAGCUGGCGCCACGUCAGAUGCCACGUCAGGUCUUCACCCGGAGAGCUCAAGCACAGGGGGUCCAACCCCCCCUGUCCACAGUGACCCGGCGACAGCCUGGUCAGCAGAUUCAGUGCAUCAAGACAAUCCCACGGGCGGCUCGGGGAAGGCUGACAAUCCCGAGGCUGGCUCAGGGGAGGCUGAAAAUUCCGGAGCUGCACAACAGGAUACAGGGGAACCAGCAGGCUUAGGUUCGGGACUUACGGACCGGGCUGGGAGAUUCGAUGGUGUGGUCCAGGGCAGAGGUGGUGUGGUCCGAACCUGGGAGCUCGAUCCGGAGCGCCGAGCCAAGAGCUGGCGAAGAGACGUGGAGGCACAGUCGGCUAGGGGUGAAAAGAAGAGAAGAGGCUCAGAGACACAGGUAACAGGUCCGGAAGCAACAGGUGCGGGUAAUGGGGGGAGAGAAGAGGGGGAGAAUGCAGGGGCUCAAUCUGUAAGCAGAGGAUCAACGGCUGUGAUUGACUCUGGUGCGGAGGCAGGUAAUGAGGCGUGCCAGAUGGAGGGGCGCGUAAGUGCGUCUGCUGAUGCAGGCGGAAGGGAGGGCGAAGAAAUUCACGUGAAUACUGAGGCUCCUCUAAUGGCGUCUGAUGGGGGUGGUGGUGGCGGAACCUACCUGUUUGCAAUGAAGCUGCGACGAGUGAGGAGCUCAGGAGACGUCACUGAAGGGGACGUUUCUAAAGGGGAUGUUGCUUCUAACGGGGAUGCUUCUACUGGAGAUGCUUCUAGUGGGGUUGUUAGCAGCGGCGCUGCAUCUGGGAGUGCUGGGUUGAAAGGCAGGCAGGAGGGGAAGGGGAGUCUGUUGAGUGUGAUGGAGCAUGGGAGCGAUGAUGGUGUGGUGCAGAGGGAUGGUGGUGUGGUGCAGAGGGAUGGUGCUGUUAAGGUGCAGAGGAAGAGAAUGUUGGGAAGUGAGCAGGUGGCAGAGGAAGGGGAUGAGAGGGAGGGGGUUCAGAGCGAUGCAGGGCAGAGGGGCGGAAGGGAGACUGGUUCAGAGGCCGUGGAGAAUGGAGGUGGUGGUGUAGGUGAUAAUGGGGAUGUGAUGCUUCCCGGCAGCUUCUUGUGCUUCGUCAGGAGUGCUGACCAGCCUGGCGCGAAAUUCAGUGCAGGGUGGGGGGGGAGUGCUACUCCUUCUCCUGCUUCUGCUGCUACUGCUGCUACUGCUGCUACUGCUGCUGCUGCUGCUACUGCUGCUACUGCUGCUACUGCUGCUACUGCUGCUACUGCUGCUGCUGCUGCUACUGCUGCUGCUGCUGCUACUGCUGCUACUGCUGCUGCUGCUGCUACUGCUGCUGCUGCUGCUACUGCUGCUACUGCUGCUGGUGCUAGGUCUGGAGCACGGUCAACAGGAAAGCAUCACCGCAAGUCGUUAUCCUCUUCAUCCUCUUCAUCCUCUUCUAAGCCAUCCUCGUUAAGAGUGCCUUCACUGAAAUCCCCUUCUCCCGAACAACCGUCUCCAAUAGCUUUUCUACCAACGCCCUUCUCGUUAGAAGCCCUAUCACCGAAGGCACCCUUGUCUCGAGCUCCCCCCACGCUAUCCCUCCCCCCUGCUUCUCCCAGGUCCCCCUCCCUCCCCCCACUGUCCCCCUCAGGUCUCUCCGCCACCCUUCCCCCAGCUUCCCCCAGGUCCCCCUCCCUCGCUCCCGCUUCCCCUUCUGGUCUCUCCGCCAACCUCCCCCCAGCUUCCCCCAGAUCCCCCUCCCUCCCCCGCCCUCUAGCCUCCUCACCCCAGGCCUCAUCAGCCAAAGGGGGCGUGUCUGUAAUCCUGCCCACAGCCCCAGUCCCAACCUCCCCUAAGUCUAUUUCCCCCAAGCCCGCCUCCCCCAAGCCCGCCUCCCCCAAGCCCGCCUCCCCCAAGCCCGCCUCCCCCAAGCCCACCUCCCCCACGCCCGCCUCACCCAAGCCCACCUCCCCCAAGCCUACAUCCCCUAAGCCUGCUGCCUCUGCUGCCUCCUCUGCGCCUGCCGCCCCCGCUGCAUCCACUGGUGGUUCUCAGCAGCAAAAAACAGACACAGCGCUUCUCCUCUCUCUUGAAGCACCUCAGAACUCACCUGCUGCCCCUGCUGCCUCCUCUGCUGCUGCUGCUGCUGCUGCCGCUGCUGCCGCCGCUGCUGCUGUCACUGCCUCUGCCGACGAAGACGCCCUUCUCUUGUCUCGACUCGGAUCCCCUCGCAUCGUGCUACCCAGCCGCAUACAGUCACACUCGUUUAAUAAACUGCAGGUAGAUUUAGCAAUCGUCACCACUGUAGCAGAUUUCAUCGGAUUUGAUUUGUUCGGGGACGGGGAGGAGGAGGGGGAAGGUGCGUCUGGGGAAGGUGAGUCUGGGGCAGGUGGGAUGGAUCCGUGGGGUAUGGUUGCUGCUGUGGGUGGAUCGCUCUGGCCUAUGAGUGACUGUAUGGAGGGGGAAGAAGCGGCAGGGGUUGGUAAGGUGCAAUUGAAUGCAGCAGAGGUGCUUGUGGUUGAUUCCGCGGAGAGUGACUGUAUGGAGGGGGAAGAGGCGGCACAGGAGGUGCUAGAUGAUACGGCAGGUGUGCGAGAGGUGAAUGGGGAGGAUGUGACUAAAAAGGAUGUGAAUGGGGAGGAUGUGACUAAAAAGGAUGUGAAUGGGGAGGAUGUGAUUGGAGUGAAUGUCACUGUAACGGCAGCUGGAGGGGUGAGGGAAAGCAGAGGGCAGACAGAUGUGACUGUAGAAAAUGUGACUGCGGCUGAGGAAGUGUCUGGUGGCGAUGUGACUUUAAAGGGGGUGGGCAGCGAGAAGGUGCAUAUAAGGGAGGUGAUUAUAGCAGCCUCUGAACUGUGGAGGGACGUAAUUGACCACCGGGAGGAUGUUGAGAUGGCUAUAGAGGGGGCAUUGGUGGAUAGGGUUACCGCACAGAGCGAGGUGACAGUAACGGGUGUGACUGUAGUGGCGAAUCUGGUGUUUCUUGCUGAGCAGCAUCUGCUGCUGCUGAGACAGCACGCAGAGGGAGAACGAAUUGGGGAGGAGGGUGUGACUGUGGGCGAUGUGACUGUAGGCGAUGUGACUGUAGUAGGUGGUGUGACAGUAAGCGGUGUGACUGCUGGCGGUGUGGUAGCAGAAGGCCCACGAGAAAGUGCAGGGCGGUUGGAGGUUCUGCUUCUGCUGCUGGUGGGUAUUCUGAGAGUGAUGGAGGCGAGGAGGAGGAGAGGUGUGGAGAGAGGGGGGGAUGUGAGGGAAGAGGGAAAGAUGGAGGGAGUGGGUGCUGAAAAUAAAGAGGCCGAGGAAGAGGAAGGAGAAGAGGAGCAAGAAGAGGAUGAGGAGGUAAGGAAUGGGGAGGAAGGAGGGGAAGAAGAGGAAAGAGAGCAGGACGGGGAGGAGGAAGGGGGGGAGGAGAGGGAGGAGGAGAGGCGGAGUGAGGCAGAGCUGUGGGAUCGAAGCAGAAAGCUGCUUGAAGCUGCCUCAGAGCAUGCGGCCCUGCUGGUGGAUCGCUGCCUGUCUCUUGCAGAUCAGCACACAGAGAAUGCGGGGUCAGCAGCAGGGGAUGGCUUCUGUGUUCUGUCUAAUUGA